AUUAUAAAUUUGUUGAUCAUAUGUUUAAGUUCUGCAUUUUCUGCAGCUAUAUGCUCAGUUUCUUGAUUUUACCUUUUGAACAUCUGUUUAAGUUUGAGUUUAUGGGUUCUGUAUAAUUUAUUUAUCAUAUGAAGUGAAUUUUUAAAUACAAAUAAAGGAUCUGAGGCAAGAUUAUUGCUUCUACCGAACCCGUAGACAGGCUUGUAGCUUCGCAAGCUCUGCAUUUUCUGCACCCCUAUGUUCAGUUUCUUGAUUUUUCUUUUUCUAGUUUGUGUCCAAAGUUUAGUACUUUUUGCUGUCUUCAUAUUAUGUGGUGUUUAUUGUUUUGGAGAACUACAAAUGAAAUGCCUAUCUCUAAAGUGAACAAUUUAUCUUUCUGCUUUUAGUUCUGAUGAAAAAUUUAUUAAAUGUAACAAUUUUUCUGGAUCUGCUAAUGUUGAAAAUUGAGACAAUACAAACACCACUAUCCAUUAUUUUUCUGCUUGUAGUAUAUUGUGUUCAAUUUGUUCUGUUUAUGAUGAAAAAAUUAUCAAAUAAAGGAUAUUUUCUGGAUCUAAUGGUGAGGGUUGCAGAACCAGAAAAGCAGCUAAUUUACAGGCAAAUUGGUGAGAAGUAUGGGGUGGAUUAUUCUGAAGCUGAGAUAUUGAAAAGAUACAGAUGGGCUUAUGAGCAACCUUGGGGUAGAUCUAGGCUCAGAUAUGUUAAUGACGGAAGGCCAUUUUGGCAACAUAUAGUUAGUUCUUCGACUGGCUGUUCUGAUUCUCAGUACUUUGAGGAGCUGUAUAACUACUAUACUACAGAAAAGGCCUGGCAUCUUUGCGAUCCAAAUGCGGAGAAGGUUUUCCAGGCCCUUAGAAAUGCAGGAGUAAAGUUGGCUGUAGUGUCGAAUUUUGACACCCGAUUGAGACCAGUGUUGAGGGCUCUGAACUGUGAUCAUUGGUUUGAUGCCGUUGCAGUUUCAGCUGAGGUAGAAGCAGAGAAGCCUAAUCCAACAAUAUUUCUAAAAGCUUUUGAGUUACUAGGAGUAAAUCCAGAUGAUGCUGUUCAUGUAGGCGAUGAUCGUAGAAAUGACAUUUGGGGUGCUAGAGAUGCAGGUUGCGAUGCCUGGCUGUGGGGAAGUGACAUUAACUCUUUCAAAGAGGUUGCUCAAAGAAUAGGAGUCGAGGUCUGAAGGGUAAUAUUAGUAGAUGCGUUCGAUGUGUGAAAAGCCACUUCUUGUGUAGAAAUCUCCUCAUAGUCCCAUGUAUGUAUAUAUUGUGCUUUUGUAAUCAGUAUGAGAGAUAUCACCAAGGCCUUUGUUGGUGGCAAUGUUAGAGCGUGAAUAAACGGGCUGUAGAAUUGUGGUUUCUCAAUGCCAUAUUUUAGCUUCC